GAUCGAAAUGGGUUUCGUUUGGUUUCUUCGAGUUAAUUUGAUUUUAGGAUCUUGUUUUUGGUAGCCUUGGUUAGCUGUGAUAAUGAUGAACUUGUUCUUUGUGCAUCUGGGAAUUUGGAAAGGAUUGUUGGGAAUAAUUGUAGGGUUGUUAAUAUUCUCACUGCUUUACAACUGUGUUUUAUGAUACUUGCAUGUUGUUGCACUAUUAAACUUAAUGUAGUUACCUCACCUAACUGUUUAGGAGAAGUAGAAUUAUGGACCAAUUAGAAAUGUAGUCUAUAUUUUAUCAUGCACAAGUAUAUUUCAUAUUCUUUAAGUAUACCAUGCUAUAUAUGAAUGUAGUUGGUGAAAGGUCCGACAAUAUGUUGAUAUCCUAUACCAUUUAAUAGUUGUAGAUUUCUAAAGUUUAAGUUGUAUCUAUUUGUUGUAUUUAUUCUGUUAUUACACUGUGAGUUAGCUUUGUAGUGUUUUUGAUUUGUUGGGAAUUAAUAUUCAUGUGGGAUUGGAACUUAGCAUAGUGUUGUAGGAUUGUAAUUUCUUUAUCUCUUCACCAUGAUGCAAGCUUUCAUUAGUUCUUCUAGUAUGGCUAAUUGAUUAAAAGAUGAACUUUCAUGGUUGAUUGCUCUCUUUUGAGGAUGCAUGAUUUCAUUGUUUUCUUUAAUAUGGAAAAGGUUACAGUAUGAAUGGAAUAGAAAAGCAUGUUCAACUGAUAUAGAAUAUUGAGGACAGAUUAUGUUUUCCUUUCUUAUGUAGCGAAUAGGAUGAAUAUGAGCAUAUGUGGUAACAGUACGGGAUGGGUGACCCGGGAUGAGCUCCGGGGAGGGUCCAUCUAAACUUGACUGAUAAUUUAUUGUUAGCUUCGGCUAUAUGACUGACUGCAUGUUCUCUAGGAGGUACCUCUAGGGUCAUGGGACUGUUGACUGGCUCAAAUUGUGGUUGCCGGAUAUGUGGCAUAUUCACCAUAUUAGCUACAUACUAUGACUUAUGCAUCGGGUGAGGAUGACCUCCAGGAUAUGUCGGAAGGCCCUCGGACGGAGUAGACGAGGAGGCGGGAUGGACGCAUGGUACUGUUCGUUGUUCGGGAGUGCAGAGUAUACAAUAUUUACAGCGAGGGAUUUUUCAUUUCUUUAUCAUUCGGGAGGGGAAUGUUUGAGGAGUUUUGGUUCAUAUUGAUGAUACGGUCAUGUCCAUUGGUUAUGAUAAAUUUCUUCGAUGGUACUGCACUACGAUCAUUCAAAAAGGUAGUUGAUGAGAGGGAUAUAUAUAUAAAAAAAUGGGGAUGUUUCAGUUGGUAUCAGAGCCCACUCCUAAGGGAAAGCAUGCGCCAGCCAUCUCGUCAGGAACUCGACUACUUCAGCCAACAAGUUUGUAAGAUUUAUGUUAUUAUAGUUCUUCAUUUAAUGUGAUAACUUAGUCCUGCUAUGAUUGAUAUACUGAAAUGUAUUUAUGGGACACAAAUGAGAUUAAAUCGGAAAUAUACAAGUUAUGGCUGGUCGAAGAAACAACGGUAAUAUAGGUGGUCAGAACAACCAGUUUCUAGAGAGACUACACUCCUACGGUAGCAGAACCGUAUUCAUGGGGAGUAGAUUCAACAACUGUUGCAGGCUAGGGAUCAAGAGAGCACACCUAGUUGUCCUACACCCAGUGCGCCCCCGAUCUACAAGCAGUUUCGGGAGCUAGGGCCAACGGAGUUUAAAGGCACCACAGAUCCGAUCGUUGCAGAAGGAUGAAUUCGAUCUCUGGAGAUGAUAUACGACUUCAUGCAACUCACAGAUGCAGAUAAGGUCAGGUGCGCGAUAUUUAUGCUACAAGAUGAUGCACGGGUAUGGUGGGAAGGUGCAUGGUUGACAGUGGACUUGGCCACACUGACAUGGGCUGAUUUCAAGGAGGUAUUCUACGGGAAAUACUUCACCGCUGACAAUAGAACCCGGUUGGCAAGGGAAUUCUUAGAACUUCGCCAGGGAGAUUUGACGGUGACAGAGUAUGUCAGAAGGUUCGAGAGGGGGUGCUACUUCGUACCCAUGAUUGCUAGCCAACCAGUUGAGGAGUUGAAGCACUUCAUUGAAGGAUUGAGAGCUGUCAUUUGUCAUGACGCCAGACUAAGCCGGGUCACCACAUUCAAAGAAGCAGUUGACCAGACACUGAUGUCUGAAAGGGAUAGAGACGACAUGGUUAAGGAAGCUCAGAACAAGAGAUUGAGUUAUCAGGGAAGGGAUCAACAGGAGUUGGGCAAGAAGUCAAUUUCUACCCAGUAUCAGGGCAAGCAACCACCUAGACAGACACAACUACGUCCUCAGUUUCAAAAAUCACAACCAGCUGAAGGUACUACUUCCAAGGUUGAGAACAAAGUCCAGUGCCCCAAGUGUGAGAAGAUACAUGUUGGACAAUGUCUGACAGGUACCGAUGUUUUCUAUAUGUGCAAGAAGGCAGGACAUUUUGCUAGGGACUGUCCUUAGCUUAAGGAGCCAACCAAAGGAAGAGUAUUUGCUAUGACUCAAGAGCAGGUGGAUCUAGACACAGC